AUGACGCUUUACAUUGGUCGCGAGUCAUCAAAGCUCUGGAAGAGAAUUUGCGCUGAGGUAAUCACCGAGAUCAACCUCCUUGCCGCGAAUUGGAAGUAUCUUCUUGCCGGUCUUGUUUGUCAGUACAUACAUGGUCUAGCUGCUCGAGGAGUUCAUUAUAUACAUCGGCCAGGGCCAACACUCCAGGAUGCUGGCUUCUUUCUUCUUCCGGAACUCGGGCAAGACAGAGCUUAUAUCAGUGAGACCCUGUUCAGCUUCAUCUUUUUAUCCUUUGUGUUGUGGACUUUUCAUCCUUUCAUUUUCAAGAGCAAAAAGAUAUACACGGUUCUACUAUGGUGCAGGGUUCUAGCAUUCUUAGUGGCAUCUCAAUUUCUCCGGAUUAUCACAUUCUAUUCCACCCAGCUUCCUGGUCCAAAUUACCAUUGUCGUGAGGGUUCUAAACUUGCCAGGCUGCCUCCUCCGGAUAGCGUAUUCGAAGUCCUCUUGAUCAAUUUUCCGAGGGGUGUACUUUAUGGUUGUGGUGAUUUGAUUUUCUCAUCGCACAUGAUAUUUAGUCUUGUCUUUGUGCGCACUUAUCAGAAAUACGGUACACAAAGAUUUAUAAAGCAGUUAGCUUGGUUACUCGUCGUGAUCCAGAGUUUCUUGAUUGUGGCAUCGCGCAAGCAUUACACGGUUGAUGUUGUUGUAGCAUGGUAUACUGUUAAUUUGGUUGUAUUCUUUAUUGACAAGAAAUUGGCAGAAUUACCUGACCGGACCAAUGGAGCUGCAUCUCUCUUGUUACCCCUAAGUACGAAGGACAAAGAUAGUAAGAACAAAGAAGAGAAUCACAAGCUCUUGAAUGGAAUCUCCGGAGACCCUGCUGAUAGGAGGCAAAGAACUCAAGUUAACGGCAAGACUCUGGACGAUGUAAACACAGUACAUGUCGAUGCUACAAUGAACGGUGCAUAG